UAAAAUAUGAUUAUUUAUGAUAGUACACACAGUGCUGAGUGUAGUAAAUUUAAGUAAAUAGAUGUAGUACAAUAAUGUAACAAUAAACUUGAAUAAACAAUUAACUUGAAUUAACAAAAGUCAAUAUAAUAUUAUAGACAUUAUUAUGAUUAUACUAUUAUACUAAUUAUAGUGAUUGUCUGAAUAGUAGAUAGAGACGUAGAGUUAGAGUAAGAGUUAAGUAGUCUUUCUAAUUACUAGAUUAGUCUAGAUUUCUAGAUCUGUCCACUAAUCUAGAAUCUAGUAAUUUUUAAUUAGUAAUAGAAGACAAGUAAGACUAUAUAGAAUAUACAUAGUAGUACUAACUCUAGUUCUACAGUCACAGAUGUAGUUUAGAGAAUUUAAAUAUUAAUUUAUAAUAAAAGUUUAGACUUAAGCCACUUAAGGUCAUCUCUAAUCACUAAUUUAGUGACUAAUGUAAUGAUCUUUCAACAAAUAAACUUUAUUUAGAUCUAGACUCUGAGAUAUAUAAUAAACAUCUAUGACUAUAUUCUAAUAUAUAUAGACUAAACUACUAGAUAAUGUUCAAGCAACCAAAUAAUGUAGAUCUAAGAAAUAAGACUAAUGCAAAUGACAAUGUUUUGGAUAAAAACAGUAAUAUUACAACAACCAAAACAAAAUCCAGACCUAGAUCUAGUCGAACAACCAAAGAUAAUGGAUUGAAACUCAUGAAAAAUAGCAAACAAAAAAACUUACAUGAAGAAUUUGAAAAGAGCACCCCUCUUGUAAAGGCCAAUUUAAGAGACAAAAAUAGUUUAGAAGUGCUUUCUAAUACAAUUGAUUUGCCAGCAAAAAAUGUUAGCUGUUUGACUGCUGAUGAGCCCUGUGAUGGAAACAGUAGUAAUGAAGACUCUUGUAAAGGUGAUGAAUCAAGAAUCUCUGUGGAUGAAGACCUGACCCUAAGGUUUAGUCAAGAUCCAAUCAUGUCUGAAUCUCAGGAUGGUGACCCCAUGUGUGAUGUACGCUGGGACUAUGGGUCUCCAGAAAUUGUUAAAAAAGUGAAGAAAAGGAGAGGUCACUUCAGUGCAGAAAGUGUAAAAAUGGCCCUUGCAAAUUUCAGCGAUGCACAUAUGAAACCCCAGAAGGAGUCCUUCAACUAUGUAGGAGUGAUGCUGCAACAUCCAAGUUUUUUAAAACCAGAGAAAAGUAAAGUCAACAGAGCUAAACAGAGGGCUUUAAAAAAGAAUCAACAUGGUUUCCAGGAAAUGAUGGUCAGUUUCUUGCAGGACUUAACCAAAAGACAAGGAUCAGUUAUUGACUCUAACAAUGCCAGCUCCACACAGAUCUUAUCCACAUCUGACCAGCCAGUUGAUGACAAUCUUGCAGAAACUGGCAACCAGGAGCUUGGGGAUUUAGACGUCAACUACUGGUCUGAUGAAGAUCUGUUUAAAGACAACUCAUUGUUGAUGGAAGCCACUUAUAAUCCUGAAAAGUUUGUUACAACCUCUCCUGGUGUAGACAAAAGACUGAGCUCAUCCAUCAGUGAUAGCAAUGCAGCUGACUUGACGUUAUCAUCCCAUGAUACCUCCGUCAUUCCAUCAUCUUGUCUUGCUAGCUGUGUGGAUAACACAUACAAACCAAAAAAAUUACACUGUACUUCUUCUACACCUCAAUCACACAAACCCAUACAGUCACAUUACACACAUAGUAAUAAAAUACAGUUGAGCAAUGCUCCAGUGAAGAGUUGCAAUAAAACUAACACAUCUUCCACUGUGGUUAGCAGUAACACUUGGACAAGAAAUACUACCCCAUCAAACACUCUGAGUGGGAAAUCUUCCCAGAGUAACUCUAAGGUUGCUUUAAAAAAAUAUAACAGCUUCCAUAUUGAUGCCCCCAAUGCAUCUGCGAACAAUCAGACAGACAAAAGCCAUGUAACCCCACUCAGAAAAACCUUGAGCUUCGACUACUCUCACUCUAGUCAGUCUUCAGUUCAAAAACCAUUAUCUAGCAAUUAUGCACCAAGUUUAACAAACAAUACAGUUAAGCUGAAUGUCCCCAAGGUAAACCUCUUUUCCAGCAAACAGUCUGUCAAAAUGACUGGCCAAACUAAGACUCUGACCCCCACUGAAAUUCGCACAUUCUCUCUGGAAGAGGAUAAUCUACCUGAGGAUGUGAUUCAACAAUUGCUAGAGCCAGAUGAAAUUCUGGACAGCCAAGAUUACAAUCCUGUGAAACCAAGCUCAAUGAUGGUGUCACUGCCCAAGCCUGAGAAUAAAACCACAUUCCAGUUCAAAAGUGUGAACCAAUGUGAUAACAAAUCAGUGAACUCCAAUCCAAAUCUGAACCGUUUGACAGGUUCCAAUUUAAGCAAUAGACUACACUCUGUGACAAACUCCAGCUUAUCAAAACCUGUUCACACUCGUUCUUCAGUGAACCCUAACCAAAGAGUGCAGAGAGUCUCUUCUAAUCCUGUGCAAGCACUCGUACCUCCAGCAUUACAGAAAUCCCCCAAACAGUUUUAUGGACAAGCCCCUCCACCAAAGUUUAUACAAAAGUCUAGUCAUCACACCUCAACUCCAGUCAAAGGUGAUCAUGCUAACAAAGGAGCUGAUGGUCCAGAGCAGUCAGACACAUCUGCUAAAAGUCAAGUAUUGUCUGAUUCCUUCAUUGAAAAUGUUUUCAAUGACAGUUUCUUGAAUGAUGAAGCUCUUUAUGAGUCUCAGAUUUUACCCUUACUGGACCAAGUUGAAUCUGAGGCCAUGAGAGAAUCCCAGAGUAGUCAGCAGCCCAAGUCAUCUCCCCCUACCCAGUGUUCACCAGAUGAGAUUGAAAGAAAGAGACAGGCUGCACUACAGAAGAGAAUGUUCUCUUUGAGCCAGAGGAAAAAUCUUCAGUGAUCUUUGAAUGUUCUCUUUGAGCCAGAGGAAAAACCUUCAGUGACCUUUGAAUGUUCUCUAUGAGCCAGAGGAAAAACCUUCAGUGAUCUUAAGAACAUUCUCUUUGAGCCAGAGGAAAAACCUUCAGUGACCUUUGAAUGUUCUCUAUGAGCCAGAGGAAAAACCUUCAGUGAUCUUUGAAUUGUCAAAUGCUCAUUUAGCUGUGUUUAAUGCCAUAUAUAGUAUGUUAGAUACUGUUCAAAAUCUCAUGACUUAUCAUACUUACCAGUUUAUCUUAAUUUGACUACUGCCCCAAAGCACCCCCCUUCUCCCAAAAUGUUCUUGAUUUGUGUGAUGUCCCAUAUCUAUUAGUGUUUCUCUCCUCUCCCUCCAAAUAGCAGUAGCACGCACAGUAUAAUGUUUUAUAUCUGCAGUGGUUGUGGACAUACUUAAAGCAAGUGAUACAAACUUCAUGGUGUGAAAAGCUAAAAAUAAUAAUUUUU